UGUUCGUGGGCGUGGCUCGCGCCCGUCCGGGCGGCCGCCGGUGGCUGAAGACGGUGCUCCGGCGUUGUGAAGGCGGCGGGCGCAGCCAUGCCCCGGUAUUACGAGGACAAGGUGGAGGGCGGUGCGUGCGCCGGCGUGAAGGAGGACCUGGGCGCGUGUCUGCUGCAGUCGGCCUGUGUGCUCCAGGAAGGGAAGUCUCCACGGCAGUGUUUGAAGGAAGGGCACUGCAGAGCCCUGCAGUAUUCGUUUUUUGAGUGUAAAAGAUCAAUGUUGGAUACCAGAUCAAGAUUCAGAGGACGAAAAGGAUAUUGAUAACAUUAUGGUAAAAGCUAGAAAAUUACCCUGGAUUUUCUCUGCUCCUUAACGGAAAAGAGCCAAAAGGAAACACAGUAUCUGCUGCAUCUGCUUGACAUCUGGACCAGGUUCUCCCUCCAGAGAGCACUAGAGAAAAAUGGAUAAAUGCUGCUUCUGAA